GUGAGCGAAACAAGCGCCACCUCCUUCAGGGCAGGGUUACAUCAAUAAUAAACCAAAUUGCACAGACCAAGAGUGUGUGUCUUGCAGAAGACAAGCUAUCAGAACAAGAAGGAUCAAACACAAUGCUCGCACCAACCCCUCUGGUCCUGUUGGGGGUGCUCUCUCUCCAUGGUUGUGUGGCGGCCCAGUCCAUCAACCCAAUUCUCAAAGAUACUGCUAUCAACUUGGACCGCACCCUAACCUGUGCCAAGUGGGACUGCGCCUGUACUCUCAACCGCCAGCGCGGUUGCUGUUGUGCAGCCAACGACAUGUUCCGAGUCGAGGACGAAACCUUGAUGAGGAUGAUGUCUUUGUCGGGCAAUAUCAGCAAACUCAAGAGAAAAGUGGAUGCUUUAACGACUGCCAUUAAGAUUGCCUUCAAAGCAAAUCUGAAAAUGGCUUCUGAUCAAUGCUAUGGGCCCUUCAACACCAAAGUACCAAUCGCUUACACCGAGGUGUCUCUGAAUUAUGGAAACGGAUACAACCCUUCCUUGGGCAUCUUCACUGCGCCACAUGCUGGAGUUUUUGUCUUCUCCUGCACAGUCUACUCAUUGGUCAAUAUGGUGAAGAAUGGUGAGGUGAUGACGAGUGUGUGGGAGAACAAUAUGGAGAAUGGUGAAGACAGUGCCAGUCAGACGCUUACGCUGGAGAUGCAGAGAGGCGAUCAGGUCUACAUGGAGCUGGAUGUUGGAAAACAACUCUGUCAAAAUCUAAACCAUAAUGUCUUUUCUGGUUACAUGCUGUAUGCCUACACAGAUGAGUAGCAUGGAACAGGAACACCAACGCCCUAUCCUGCUCAUUUCAGGGGCCAUAAAAUUAUAUUGGAUCCCAGUGGGGAAGGACUGUAAGUGUCAUUUAAUAAAAAGUUGUGUACAGGGUAAAUCUGCAUUGUUCUCCUCUUGGCCGGCAUGCUGGGAUUCCACAGCCUUCUUCGGUGACCACAGCUACUCUUUUGGGAUUGGGAAAGGGUCUACUGUAGGGUCGGCUUGAACCCCCCUCAUUUGCAUAGAGUUACACGCUAAUGGUUAUUAACAAACAGGAAAGUUAUAAUUAAAUAUAAUCAACAUACGUCAGUUGUUUUAUUCUUGUUGUCUGUGCCUUUGGCAGUUAUUCAUAAUUUACUGGUAUCCAUCUCACAAGUGGCUGACAGAUGGAGAUAAGAUGCAACUCAAUUCAUGCAACUGCAAUGAAAGGAUCACAAAAAAAAUACUACUUACACUUACAUUUUGCUAUGUAAAAUGACAUCAAGGAGGCUGUCGAUGUGGCGAUCAGUCCAGGGAGUGCGCCGCCUCCAGCCCCCUCCGUGCUCAGAAGCAGCUCUGUGCGAAGACGUCUCUGCAAUGGAAUGCAGUGGAAAUUUUGUCCCACUCCACACAAACGCGCACACACUUUCAGAUUGAGAUGGAUUUAUCCUCCUGAAAACUGAAGGAUUUCUACACAUGCACUUUGGAACUUUGUGUAUAAAAGCUUUAGAUGUGCACACACUAUGCCUUGAUUCUGUUUUUCCAGCUCUGCCCGGUGCAGCCACUCUAAAACGGGAGUGAUGCGAUGAAAAUAUUUGGAGAAUUCCCGCAGAGCAAACCAGGACUGCAUGACUGCUGUCGGUCC